GUUAAUAAAUUAGAAAUACAAUCUAAUUUAAUUCAAAAAAUUAAUAAUUUAAAAUUAGAACUUUUAAAUAAAGAAAAAACAUUAAUUGCAUAUAAAUAUAAUCAAAAAUUUACAAUUUAUAAAUAUUUAAUUAGAUUAAAUAAAAAUAAUACUAAUCAGGCUGCAAGAGAAUAUUGGCUUGAAAAUAAUUGUUUACCAAAGAGUCAACAAGGUAAACAUAAAAAAAUAAAAUCUUUAAAUAAUAAUGAAGAUUUUAUUAAAAAAUAUCAUGAAUGGAUUCUAUCACAAAAUGGCAUAACAUGUUCAUUAAAAUCUAAAAAAUUUGUUAAGGAUGAAUGUCUUAAAAAUUUAGAUAAAAAAAACUAUUUGUAUACAAAUAACAUCCCAAUG